UAACCAUGCAGUCAUGACUUGUGCUGUAAGCAAUAUUUACAGUAGAAAGUAAGGUCGAAGGCUGUUUAAUUACUGUCGAACGGAUUCAUAGUUGCGUGUAUAUUCAAACAGCUAUGUCGACGAGUGGAGAAGCGCUAUUACGUGCGGUAGAAGCACCACUUUUUUGGAUCGGUGCUCUGACCGCGGCCUGGGUGUCUGUGUGCUCCGUUUACCGGCUGCUCUCCGGACUGAGGGUGUGGGUGCUAGGGAAUGGACGGUUGGUGUCACCGGCACGACUUGGAAGAUGGGCAGUUGUGACGGGCGCCACGGAUGGAAUUGGGAAAGCCUAUGCCGAGGAGCUUGCUCGCAGAGGCUUUGCCAUUGUGCUCAUCAGUCGUACUCAGGAGAAACUUGAUGAGGUAUCAAAGUCCAUUGAGAGCAAAUGUGGGGUGGAAACCAAAACCAUUGCGGUAGACUUUAGUGCCGGAAAUAUUUAUCCUAAGAUCGAAGACGGACUUUCAGGACUGGAGAUUGGAGUACUGGUGAACAAUGUUGGAAUCUCAUAUUCUUAUCCUGAAUUCUUCCUCAAUAUCCCCAACCUGGACAGUUUCAUCGACACUAUGGUCAAUAUUAACAUCACAUCAGUAUGCCAGAUGACGCGUCUUGUUCUGCCCCGAAUGGUGGAGAGGAAGAAGGGAGCCAUCCUCAACAUUUCGUCUGCCAGUGGGAUGUACCCGGUUCCUCUCCUUACCGUCUACUCCGCCUCCAAGGCAUUUGUGGACUACUUCUCGCGUGGUCUUGAAGCUGAGUACAAGAGCAAAGGGAUUAUCAUCCAGAGUGUUCUACCAUUUUUUGUGGCCACCAAACUGAGUAAAAUCCGACGGGCUACGCUAGACAAACCCAGUCCAGAGCGUUACGUGGCAGCAGAAAUAAACACUGUGGGACUGCAGAGUCAGACCAAUGGCUACCUACCCCAUGCCAUCAUGGGUUGGGUGACCACGGCUCUGCUCCCCACCAGGAUCCUCAGAAGUGUUGUCAUGGGAAUGGGCCUGUCCCAGCGUGCGCGUUACCUAAAGAAGCAGAAACAAGGAUAGACGCUACUAGACCAUGCAGUGGCUCAGAGAGUGGCGAGAGGGCACCAACAUCACAUGCAAAUUGUCAAGUUAGAAAGAAUUUGGGGGGGGGGGCAUUGACAUACCUUUCAGUUUUCCAUCUAAAUGAACCUGUUUUUGGUCCUAUUUGCAGUAGCUCUAAAGCAUCAUCUAGUCAUGGUUGCUGGUCGUAUUUAACGUGUUGAUUCUAAUUGGAUAAGAGUGAGGAGUAUCAGUUUUAUGGAGUGAAUUACUAACCUGUCAACUAAAACCAGUGCUGUCCACUAGCCAUGAUUUGUAAAACAUGGUGAAAGAUGUCCAUCCAUCCAUUAUCUGAACCGCCUAUCCUGCUCUCAGGGUCACGGGGAUGCUGGAGCCUAUUCCAGCAGUCACUGGGUGGCAGGUGGGGAGACACCCUGGACAGGCCGCCAGACCAUCACAAGGCCCGAUUAAAGAUGUCAAAUUCAUAUUUAAGCAGAAGUUUCAAGUUCAUUUCAAGCUUAUUUGUCAAAUCCAGCAGUGGCAGACUUUGCUGGCAAUGAAAUGCUUAGGCAUCGGGCUUGAAUUUAAACGUAAAAACUUAAACUUACAAGUAUAACAUUUCAAUUUAAAGUCAAACUUAAAUCCAAAAUCUGGAAUCUAAAAUUUAAGAGUAUUUACAGGCCAGGAUUUUUUUUUAAUAUCUUAAAAUUAAAAUUUAACAUUUAACAGUAACAGAAGCAGCAGACAUUCUGCUUUCACUAUAUACAUAAAGUGGAUGUCAUCCACCUCCAUAUUGUCACAGUUACUAAAUCCAUAUUAGCAGGUAGGGCAUAGGGCCAUUGGGUUGGUGUUACACCGUGUCCUAACUGACGCGAGUGUUCGACUGUCGCGUCACAUCGGACAUUGUCUGUCCACACUGAAACUGUCAUUUAAACAAAACACAUACCUAUCAAGCUGUGUGCUCCAGAUCAGACUGGAGACAUUCCUCAUCCACGACACAGCGCUUUCAGCGCAAGCGACAGGAAGUAAAUAGAAACAGGGCAUCUGACAAAAGUUCAGCUCAAAACGGUGCGCCGUGUCGAGCUGCGCAGCGUCACUCGCGGUCAGUUAGGACAUUCCAAUAGAAAAUGAAGCAAUCGAACUGAUUUUUGUCGCUGACGCUCGCUCGCGUGGCAUUCAGUUAAGACAUAGCCUGAGAUCAGAGGCCAGUGCCCACUGGUGGUAGAGGUUAGCCUUGUGUAAAAAUACAGACCGUCAACAAUGGGAACUGAACAUUUGUUUCCCAGCUGAACAUCCUGUAUUUAUUUUCAAAGCAGUUGUGUUUUUAAAAAGAUGUAAAAGGCUAAAAUGUAUUUUGUUUGUCAAAAGGUCAUGUAGCUUCUCUUGAGGCACAAGGCACCGUUUCAACGUCUUGUCUCUUUGAGUUAUCAUCUCUGAAGUGGCAAGGUACUUGUAUUUUUACAGCUUUUUGAUUGAGUUCUCAUUAAGAACACAAUUUAUGAAUGAAUGUGUGUGCAUGCAUGUGUGUGAGCCUUGUGGUCAAGGCCAGGUCUUUUUUUGGGGGGGGGGGGUGAGUCAAGUCUGAGACUGAAGCUUAUGGAGUCGGAGUCAAGUCCAAGGUGGAGAGUCCAACUCAAGACUAAUGGGGUCCAAAACGUGAGUAAAGACCGUCACCAGAACAGUGCAAGUCCGAUUAAGCACCAUGACUGUAACUGUGGUAGUCUACCAUCGUAGCAAAAGCCAAAAUGUCACUGCGCUGUAAUCGCAGAAAGUUGAAUCCGUUGCUCUAAUAUUUAUUUAGGCUUUUUCCCCCUCUGUCAAGGAAGGAAUGUUUCAGCUUCCAGUUUUCCAAUGUUUCAGAGGCUUCAUAAGUUAAAGUAAUUGGAGAAACAUUAUAUCGGAUUCAAUUGAUCUCCACAGGGGAAGUUAGAUAAUCAUUUCAAAAAUAAAGUUGCGAUCUUGAAAUAUUAAAGUUGUCAGGAGUUUGCACUUUCCAAGACCGAGUCAAGUCGAAGUCAUGCUGUGACCUCCGAGACGAGACAGACCUUCAUGAUGUGGACUCGAGACUGACAGACCGACUCCAUACUGGAAGACUACAACGUGAGAGUGUGUGUGUAGUAGGGACAGAAUAGUAAACGCUUGGAUUUAAUCUGCAGAAAUCUGUUCACGAAACACUGUGUAGGUAAACGCUCAGUAUAGAUGGGGAAUCUUGUGUGGACCUUUUUCUUUUGCCGUUUUUGUGCUUUGCACCCAGGUCAGCUUUAAUUUCCAAAUGACUCUUUGUUGAAGAAGCAUACUAAACUGACUAGUUGACUAAACUUUCGAACAACAUCCUAUGAGGCAAAUGUGUCUUUUAUUCUAUGAUGGGUGAAACAAAUGCUUAGAAUUAGAAACGGGUUAUUCGACUAACAUGUAGUUAUUUGGGGUAUGUGUUUGUUUGUAGGAGGUUAGCAAGCAGGGAGCAGCUUUGGAGGUCAACCUGAUGCAACUGUUUAGAGGCCUGGCAAGCCACUAACUAUAGUAAUGAGCGACCUAUAUUCUGCAUCAUGCUUUAAUGAGGGUACAAAGAUGUCAGCAAAGUUUAAACUGAAUUUUGUUUAUUUGAGCUACUUCAAAUUAUAACAACCAAAUGCAAAGAGAACACAUGGCUUUUGGGUUGAUCCAAAGUUAUAUGAUCCAGUGUUAAAGUAAUUGUGAAAUACUUAUGUUUAGGGAACAAACUGUAUUGGGUUUUGAGAUUCAAAUAUUCCCUCUUGUGUCGUUUUCUUUUUCCAAAUAGAAUUUGGGUUUUGUCUUGUUUAUACCUGACUAAAUGUAUUUCAAAUUUGUGGAGCUUCUAUUUUUCUGAAUAUAUGGUGGUAGUAUAAUCAUUUUUCACUCAUACUAUCUGAGUUAUCAAAGUUGACAUUGUGUUUAGGCUUCUCUAACUGCGUGAUAAUGACACUCCAGAGUCUGUGUCAUGCUGACCGUUAAUAAAUGUGAUUUUUAAAUACGUUCAUUCAA